CGCGGGGGCGUACGUUCUUGCUACCUCGCCGCAAUAUACCCACUCCUCAUACUAUAACCUCGUUAACUUAAGUGACGUAAAGUAUUCUUAUACCUACCGACACAUAGUUGACGCGAGCCGACGGGACGUGGCGAGCAGCGACGCUGCACCGGAUCCCAGCACUCGGACGAAUAACAGAUAACCUUGUCCGCUGCAUUUAUUAUUCAGUGACUGCGCUAACCUAUAGCCAGGAUGGCGCCUUUUACAGGUAAGCAUGCGGCUCCAGCACGUGACUGACAACGGCAACAUCGCAGCGUUGAACCGCCACGAGGUGUCAUCCCACAUAAAUUACGACAACAGGCUUUGGCUCUCGAACAAUACUGACUCUCGCAACGAGUACAAUAAUAUCACCAGAACCGAUAAUUCGCAAUACAAUACUAAUUUCAACAUCUAUGACACGAGAGAAAGUUCGGAUGUAGACAGGACAAUAGAAAACAGUACUUCCAACAUAACUGAAGUAUAUAACAGACAAUAUAGACUCAACACAGAAACCAAUGUAAACUUUAUUAAAUCCUGCGUUAACACGGCCAAUCUGGAGGGAGUCACAGAAACAAUAGUCGCUCAGCGAGAAAACUUUCUAGGGGACACCAAUGUAUCUCUUAAUUCAACCCCUAUUGACGAGGAGCGAGCCUUUGAACAAUCGGACACGGAUGAGAUGUCAGAGCGGGGCAUUCACCCGGUGCCUAGAGGAAUCGUGAACCCGAACUAUCCCGGCUUCCAGCACUUGGCACACACUCUACAGGACUACUCUGCUAAUAUAGAGAACUUUUAUCACUCGGAAAAUGAAAUGACUGAUGACGACGUAGACUUAGAAAUUACAGAAAGUGCUUAUGAACCUGAAUUUAACCAGAACGUAAUUUCAAUAGACUCUCUAAAUAUUGACAAUAACAAUGGCAAUGAAACAGAACACACAAUAUUGUGCACACAAAAGGAACUUUCAUCACAAAACAAAGAUUUAGAUAGUCCCAUGCAAAUAGAAAUACCAGAUUUAUUAAAAUCUGUAUCUCAGAACAAUAACAAUGUCAAUCACACAGACUUUGACCUAAACUGUUCUGAAACUGACAUAGAAAAUAAUUUUCACACCAAAGACAUUAUAGGAGAUUUUAAUAAAGAAAUAGAAGAUGAAAUAAGGGAAUUAUUAAAUUAUAAUAUCAAUAUACAAGACGACUUAGAGGAAUUAAGGAAAGAUAUCAAAGAUACAUUCGCAAAACCUAUAGAAACUACUAUCAAUAACAUAAGUGAAGUUGUUAAUCACGUUAUAAAGAAACUUGUAAAAACACAAAUAGACCCCUUGGAGCAAAAUGAUAACCAAUCUAGUACUAAUACUAACCAAGAAAUAGAAGAAAUAAAAGAUGUGAAUGAAGAAAAUGAAACAAACACUAGAACAGAAAUGAAUCUAAACAGGCCUACCUUUUUACUAAUAGGGAAUAACACGGAUGGAAAUAUCGCUGACGCUUUUCUCUCUGACGGAAAAGAUGAAAUCAACGUUAAUGAAUACGACACUGAAGCUCUGAGCAAUAAUGUUGAAAGAACAAUAAAGCAGUUGAGCACGGAACUCAGGAAAAUUAUUCCCAAAUUGGAUGAAAUGCGCGAAUGUGACAGGUUAUGGAAUGAAAGUAAAAAAGAUACUAUUGCCGUACUGACCGAUGGAAAUUCAAAUGAAAUCGCUAAUUCCUCAAAGAAUUAUAAUUUAUCUGCCCCUGUGAAUAAGGAAUACGAGGAAUGUAGAAAAUCUGCAUAUCAUGUGGCUGAUAAAGUUGUGAGAAAAGUAGCAGUUGCAACUCGAAUUGAACCGAGGGCGCCGAGGGACCGCCAGAAAGAUAUAACUUCGACAAAAAGUAGUUACCGGAGUGCUCAAAGUAAUACUUCCGUCCGUAAGUCUGAAAGUGCAAAAGAGUAUGAUUUAGGCAGUUUCGAUGUUUACAAUAUAGAGACAGCACUACCUAAAUUAGACAUAGAUGCAAUAGAAAAUCAUUUGAAAGCUGCAAAAGAAGCGGAGAGGCGGAAACGUAAUGAUAGGGAAGAGAUCAGGAAGAGACUCGCGAUGGGAGCUGAAAGUGAGGAGUACUACAGUAUGGGACACAUAGACCGUCCUGGGAGGAAACCGAGUCUACAUUCUCGGCUUCAAAAUGGGAUGAAUCUCCAAAUUUGUUUCAUGAACGAGACAGCAUCUGACAAUGAAUCUCAAGCUUCAGAUGUAGAAAGGAAUUUAAACUUCAAUACUAAAAAUCUCUCCCGGUCAAGUAUAUUCAGCAAGUCCAAUUUUAACCAUCCAUAUCAAACACGGCCACUGUCCGUAAAUAUCACAAAACAUGACAAAAUCAGUUCAGUUCAGAGUGGAGCAAAACUACGUCCAACAUCUUUUACAUCAAAGACACCGAAGUCUAGAUCAGCUCACUCUCUGGGCCAUAUUGAACUGAAGGAAUCAGAUUUCUAUGCUCUGCAAGCUACACUACAAACAGAGGCCCGCAUUGCCCUGGCUCAAGCAAAAGAGAUGGCCCGCAUACAAAUGGAGCGCGAACGGCGGGCGCGGGCGGUGUCGCCAGUGACAGAAAUGUUGCGCCGCAGCAUGGAGAAGGCCAACGCGCCGCUAGCGGCGGACCGGCGACGCGUGUCUCGGCAACUACUCACCGACAUGAACAUAGCCCAGCUACAGGUGAUAGUGAACGAGCUGCACUCUCAGAUCGAGUCUUUGAACGAGCAGCUGGUGAAGAUGCUGAUGGCGCGGGACGAGCUGCACAUGGGCCAGGACUCCAUGCUGGUAGACAUCGAGGACCUUACCAGAUACCUCGGCGUCAAGGAACAGACGAAGAAAACUAAGGGCAACGGGAAGAGCGGCGUGAGGAGGCUCGCAUCGUUAGUGCACAAAUAAGUACACACAAUAAUACUAUAUUUACUGCAAUUUACUUACUCGUAUACUAGGACGACGGCAGUUUGCAACAAGCUGCAAUAUGUGUUAGGAAAUAUAUCGUACCAUAACUCAAGCAAACUAUAUCGAUAGUUCAACCCACUGGUCACGUGUUAUGAAACUUAACUAUAAGUAUUUUGUUUCCUAUGAAGCCAAGUGUAAUGUAAUGCAAUCGUGGUUUUUGCAAAAUCGAUUAAUUUCCUUUGAUGAAAAUUAAAAACCUAUAGGAAUGGAAUGAAAAAUAUUUUUUGGAUGUUUAGGUAGAAUGAUCCCAGUAAAAUGACGAGUUCGAUACAAAAUUCCCGAAACAUUGCUUCGGAGUUUCGUAACACGCGAUAGUUUUACGCUGUAGCCACCAACAAUCAACCAACAUUGAUUGAUUGUUUGAUUGGUGUGUGUUUUACCAGUUACUUAUUAUGAAUUUGUAUUAAGUGUGAUAUUUAUUACUUUUACAUAAUAAAACUGGAUAUAACUGCGUAACAAGUCUUGCCAGAUAGCAGUUGAUGUAUGUAAAGUAAAACCAUUUAUCUAUUAGUAUUUUAUCAUGUAUUAAGCUACGGUCAUGAACAAUAUAAUGUACCCACUUUAGGACUCUGUCGCACUAACAUAUUUGACAUUUAGUGAGACUAACAGUUCAAUUUGUCAAAAAGUUAAUGUGAUAUGGUAUCAAAGUGUAUACAUAUUAAUGCUCGUGACCGUACACUAUAUUAUUGUUACUGGAAUGCGUUGGGUGUGAUUCCACAGAGAAGUGAUUCAACAUGUGUAUUGUUCAAAUUAUCAAUGUUGCUAUCAUGGGGCAACCAUGGAUAUCGGCGAGUGGCUACAUUAUAUUAUAAUAAUUGUAUGUAAAUAAGAUUUCUGUCACCGGUAUACUCCGUCGAAGUUUCCUAUUUCUAUUUAAACUUUGUAUAAUGGAACUGUAUAUUCACAUACAUGUCCGCUUUAUGAUAGAUAUAACUAGCCCACCUAGAGAUAUUGAUAUUUUGUUAUUAUUGGCAAAUUAGGAGAAAUAUUUUUUCAUGAUAGUGCUCAUUGUUAGGCGUUCGCCACAAUGAAAGUGCGGGGGCAGCGCAGAGUGAUUUCUUCGCAUCACACUCGCUUGUUUAUUAAGUUGAUGUGUAAAAGUAUUUCAUAGGUACCCCUCGCAGCACCUGCGCUUCCGUUGUGUGGAAGGCUUAAGUCCGCGAUGCCGCGGUAGUAGGUAGAUUCACAUUAUAGUAUAGUAGGCAUAGUGGUGCACUUGCCAACGCUCAUAAUAGACCAAUCAGAGGCUUCUUCUAUUAUAUAACUAGUACAUACAAUCAUCAUGUCAUUUCCAGAGUACUGCUCUGUCUAAUUUGCAGUCAUAUGCCUCGUCCACAACGGCACGCGUAUUUGAGCUUUUCAGCUAAAUUAUUGUCGGUUGAUUUGAAAUUAAAACCAUGUGUCGUAUGAAAUGUGCCCGAGUGCGAACGUGGCCUUAGUUUUCUUUUCUUUAAAUACUUAACAAAUAACUAGUAUUUAAAAAGUAUUUUGCAAUAGUCACUGGUUACUCUUUUUUUCUCUGCACUCUUGCUGGUUAUUUCUGCCCAUAUCACAAUUUUAAAUAUGUAUAUUAUGAACUUUUAUAAUAACUUUGGGAUCUCAGGUACUUUCUUAUGUGUAAUUCUUUGUAUUUGGGAGAGUUCUUAUGAACUUACUAUGCUAAAAUUACUUUUACAUAGUGUAGUAGGUUUAUUAUAGUUACCAUUUAUUGUUAGACGAAUUUUGUUCUUGACUUUAUGUCUCUCUUAUUUUGUGCUCUUUUGCAUUUAGCAGUCAUAUUUUAUGUCCGAAUUAUUGAUAAAGAAACUUAUUUACGAUAAUGAUAUGUAAAUAUUGAUUUCGACUUAUGCAGGGCAUUGUAUUACUUGAUUCUUUUUUAGGAUAAUUUUAUAAGUGGCCAUUACCAGAGUAAGCCGCCAUUGCCUUGCAUUAUUUACUUUAAUAUUGCAACACUUUCAUAUCUACAUGUCAUUCUAAUGUACUCGAUUGUAUCAGUCACGUUGAUGUUAGAGUUUUAUAUUACAGGAACAUAUUCUUACCGGUAUUAUGUAAUAUUGUCGGGGCGCUACACACUUAUUCAAUUAGUCAUAAUAAGCUGAACCGGUGUAUGAGAUUUGCUAAAUAAAACCAGAUUCAACAUCGUUUUGUAAACAUUAGAAGUUGCAACUUGUCUUCUACAGAUCUGUGGUUUCGGCAGUACUAGUAUUGUAAUUUACCACUACCACCUAGCACGUUGGUCUAACAGAAAGCUCAGCUGUGUGUGGGUACUUAGUUCAUCUUGCGUUGUAUGUAUAGAGGUGCAUUUUCUUCGAGGCAAUGACAUCAUAAAUCGUCUGAAACAGACGUAUAAGGCCAAUGAUGAUAAGAGGUGUAUAAGGUGCAAAUGUCCAAUCAGUUUCUUGCAAAGUAAUAAAUUAACUGGCUGCACUUAAGACCUGGUUACAUGUCGUUUCUGUAAUAGACCUAAAACACCUACAAAAACGUUACAUACAUACAUACAUACAUAAACUCACGCCCGUAAUCCCUAAUGGGGUGGGCAGAGCCACAAGUAAUCAAAGACAACUUGCAGCCACUGUUGAUACGAUGUCGUAAGCUGGAUAUGAUGAACCUUAUGGUGAUAAGGGAUCAGCCUAUCGCCCAUAACAUUAGUCCAUCAUAUUAGAGGACACGAUCCCUCUGUCGGUUUUUACGACAUGCCCGGGAAGACAAGCAGCUGAACGUUUUCUAUGUUUUUUAUUUGCUCCCAAAACUUCAUAGAAGCAAAAACGUUAAUUAUGUAAUUAUGACAACUAAUAGUUCAUAAUUUCACCUACUGUUUACAAAUAAUACGCUGGACUCAGUGACUGCACUUUUGCUCUUUGAUUGUACAUACGACUAUAUCCCAAUGCGAAGUCGUCAGCUUAUAUUUAGUAUUGGAAUUUCGAAUGAUGACUUAAGAAUAGCCAAAUGUAUUAUGUUGUAUCGGAUGAGUGUGUAGCGUUCCUUACUCUAAUAUCUUGAGCGUUAUAAAAUAGUUUCCCCUGGACGUGUCCGCGCAGCUGCGUUUCGCAACUUGAACCAUUCCGUACGGUAUUCUAUAAUAGUAUACUUCUACACGUUACACGUACGUUAAUUAUUUUCCGAAUACUACUAAUGUUAUAUCUUCAGGCCGCGUUUUAAUGAGAUACUGAUGAGCCAUUUUUUUUAGCGAUUGGUCGAUACAGGAUGCCUUUCUGGAAUAGCUUCGUUACAUUAUAAACUAUACUAAUUAUUGAAACAGAACCUAAGUAAGGAACUGAUGAUUUUGAUAAUACCAUUCUACUAAUGAGGAUAAUAAGUAGAAGCUCAAAUGUAGGUGGCAGCACUGGAGUGUUCCCAAAUUUUGACAGUUCUCAAUAAUGUCCAUCUAAAAUUCGAGAUAAAUUGCUAUAAAUUAUGUGAAGUAUCCCAUCUGAAGGAUGAGUUGCGAAAAACAAAAGCCAUCAGUUGGAAAAAGGCAGUUUUGAUUGAAGUUUUUCUGUUUUCUUCUUUCCGAUCUUUAGGGAAUAAAUGUAACAAUGAUUUUGAAAUUAAACACUGCGCAAAGUGUUAUAUAUUAAUAUGUUUGUUUACCUAUCUGUCAAAUCUUCAGGUUAGGUAAGCGGACUCCGUGAAAUACCGGAUAACGCUAGGGAGAUGAUAUUGAUUUAAAUUAUAUGGGGGAACAGUCAAAAUUUAAGAACACUCAACAGUAGCGACACCUGAUGAGAGAAAUAGGCAGUUUUUAUCCUCAUUCAUCGAAAUUCAAUAUCUUAAAUACAGAUUUUUUUUACUGAUAAAUAGUUCAGUUUUAUGGUAAGAAUAUCCGUCUGCUUGUUCUCGCCGUGUUAUCAAAUUAAAUUAACAAACUCUCAAGUAUUAUUACCCAAACAACUUUAUUCGCAAUUUGAAGUAUCAAAUUAAAAAAGUUUACUUGUCUUCAUUAACAGGCUGUAUAACGCGACUGAGCGGGCACGUGCCGAGACGUUUGCAAAAUAUAAAAAAACUUUAUGUAUGUAAAUGAUUGAAGUGGUGUUGGUGUAAGCAGCUGAGAAUAGACGUUAACUUAGCGGUAAGAUAAGUGAAUGCUUGGCGUGCUUGACAAAUUCUACUGACAUGUGAUAAAUAUUAUUGAAUUAUUCUAAAUAAACAGGAAAGUGUUA